AUGACGGGUCGAGAGAAGCAGACUCUUACUCCAAAGGCGAUUAUACAUCAGAAGUUUGGUGUUAAAGCAAGUUACAGAAUUGAGGAAGUUCAUGUUUCUUCUCAGAAUGAUUGUCGAGGAUUGGCAAAACCGCGGAAAGGUCCAUGCCUCUAUCGAUGUCACUUGCAGCUACCAGAUUUUUCUGUUGUAUCGAAUGUCUUCAAGAAGAAGAAGGAUUCUGAACAAUCCGCUGCUGAAUUGGCUCUCGAGAAGCUAGGCAUUCAGCCUCGGGACGAUGAUGAUGAUAUUACUGUGGAUGAAGCUUGGGAUGCUAUUGUUAGACGCAUUAAGUAUAUAUUUUCUGAUGAGUUUCUUUCAGCUGAACAUCCUCUUGGUGGUCACCUUAGAGCAGCAUUGCAAAGGGAUGGUGAUUGUUGCAGCUCAGUUCCUGUUUCUGUCAUUGCUACAUUUGAUUCAAAGAUUAACAGUCUUUGUAAAGUGAUUAGUCCUUCUGUGGACUCAAUUCCUUUUUUGGUCAUGUCCUAUGUCAUGAAGGCUGCUGCAAAGUUAUCCGACUACAUUGUCGUAUCUCCGCAUGGAGCUUCACUCCGGAGGAAAAAUCCAUACCCUCCAGCAAUUAUAGACGCACUGGCUAUUCAUGUGGAGAGCAUAAAAGUCGAGGCUGUACAUAUACAAUGUAACCGUGGUUGUGAAGAGCCUGUUGAGCCAGUUACUCUCGAUAUUUCAUCAGGUCGGUAUUACUUGGAUAUUAUAGCUGAAAAGCUUGGACCAUUGGCUAAACUUCCUCGGGCUAUUAGUGUAGACUAUAUUAUGCCAUUCCUAAAUAUCCAUGGUGAUGCGAUCUUGGCAUCUGUUGGUUACCCAUUGAAGUCCCAUGAUCUUGAACAUGAUGAUUAUGUCUCUCAAUGGAAUCUACAAAAUCUCCCGAAAGCAUUAAUUGCUGUGCAGUUGCCUUUAUUAUUCACUACAAAGUCUAAUUGGAGAGGUCCAUUUCCUAGGGAGAUUCUAUGCAUGUUCUGCCGCCAGCAACAACUAGCAGAACCUGUUUUUACAAUAUCUACUGUUCCUGUGGAAUCGAUGUCUGACAUAUUAAGAUCCCACAAGAAGUUGACAGUCUCAGAACAUGAUGAUACAGACUAUCAGUACUUGAGCAGGGCAAAAGAGGAGAUACCAGGAUCAGGGAAAGGGUAUAGAUGUGACGUGAAAAUUCUUUCAACACAGAAUUUGGUUUUAGAUUGUUCGUUGAGAAAGUUUUAUGAGAAGGAAAACUAUGCUAUUCAAAAUGCUUCAUUGAAAGCCCUCUCAUGGUUUACUAUGUUCUUCGGCGACCUGGAUGUAGACUCAUUUGGACCAUGUUAUACAGAUGACGACCUAGAUAUUCAAUUUAAACAGAGGAACUGUUAUAAAGAGACUUUUCCAAGUAGUAGAGUAUUUGAACUCCCCGACAUUAUCCGAAAUGGAGAUUUGUGUAACUCAAGGAGCACGAGUAUGCCAUGGGAAAAGAAGCGUGUCCAAUCUAUAGCAAACGGUUCCUUGGUUAGCGUAUGCUAUUCUGUGUCCUUGAAGGUGGAUGCUGAGUAUUCGAGAAAUGGUGAAACUUUGAAAGAACUCAUCGAAAGCAGUGAAGAGAUAGAGUUUGAGGUAGGCCAUGGAUCUAUGAAUCAACAUCUUGAAUCUGUUGUCACUCAGAUGUCUGUUGGUCAAUAUGUUUGUUUUUCUACUGCAUUGCCUGCGGAGGGCUUGGUUUUGGCUGCUGCCACGGAUACUGUGAGAACUUGCUCACUUUUAUCAGAAUUAGGUUUGGAAUACAGUGUACUUUUGUUGGGAGUGAAAGAGCCGACAGAAGAACGAAUGGAGGCGGCUUGUUUCAAACCACCACUAUCAAAACAGCGCGUCGAAUAUGCACUGAAACAAAUAAAGGAAUCGUCCGCUUCUACAAUGGUUGACUUUGGAUGCGGAUCUGGAAGUUUACUAGACUCUUUACUUGACUGUCCAACUUCACUUCAAACCAUUAUCGGUGUUGACAUCUCGCAGAAGGGUCUUGCCCGUGCUGCUAAGAUGCUACAUUCAAAAUUAAACAAGGGAGCUUGCAACCUCAGAUCAAUUAUACUCUAUGAUGGUUCCAUCCUCGAGUUUGAUUCCAGACUGCAUGACAUUGACAUCGGCACUUGCUUAGAGGGGUCUGCUCCAAACCAUCCAGAAGACAAAUCCAAGUCACAUAUGCCUAAAUUCAGGAACCAUGACCACAAGUUUGAAUGGACAAGGGAACAGUUUAACAAAUGGGCGUCUAAGCUCGCCAAACUUCAUAACUACAGCGUUGAGUUUACCGGAGUUGGUGGGUAUAGACAAUAUGGUAAAGCAGAUCCCGGGUUUGCUUCUCAGAUUGCUCUUUGUAGACGGCAAUCUUUGUCAGAAGUUAACAUUGUUGAGAAGUUCAAAGAAGGCUUGACGCAGCCUUAUAAAGUCAUAUGGGAAUGGAGAAGAGGAAAGGGAGACAAAUAG